AUAUUUUUGAAAACGCCCCCUCGUCGUCGUCCUCCGCCCUCGAGAGCAUGGGGCGGCGCGUAGAGCUUCAAAUCUCCUCCUUCCCCUUCCUCUUCCUCCUCCCCUUCGUCUCUCCUACGCUCUAUGGGGCCCGAGCUCGUGAGGAGUUCCAUGUGGCUGCUGGGGCCAGAGAUCUUUUGCAACAUGAUGCACAGAAGCCAGAGGUGCAUUGCUCCAGAGAAAGGAGUAGGGCGGCGUGGAAAAUUAUUGAGGAGUAUCUAAUGCCUUUUGUGGAAAAAGAGCAAUACAACAUCUCAACGAAGUGCAGGUUGCACCCUGACAAUGACAUGUUCCGCGAACAGGAGCAGCACAAGAUUCAUGUCGAUACAAAUGAGUGGCGCUGUGACUUUUGUAAGAAGAGCUUCCGUGCUGAGAAAUUCUUGGAUCAGCACUUUGACAAUCGGCACUACAAUCUUCUGAAUGAUGGUCAAGGCCGAUGCUUGGCAGAUUUAUGUGGAGCAUUGCAUUGUGACCUGGUAAUGGACUCCAAGAAGACCAAGAGUAAAUGCAAUCCUGCAGCAGCUGCUAGGAAUCGCCAUCUUUGUGAGAGCCUGGCAGAUAGUUGCUUUCCUGUUAGUCAAGGUCGCAUAGCAAGCCGUCUUCAUGAACUUUUCUUGCGCCAGUUCUGUGAUGCUCAUGCAUGCAAUGGAGGACAAAAACCUUUAUCCAGAGGUGGCAAGAAGCAUACAAACAUAUUUUACUUUGCUAUUUGCGUAUUGACAAUGUUGCUGGUGCCGCUGUUCUAUCUUUUCGUUUACUUGUAUCGAAGGGAAAUGAAAAAGGGUGUCCAAGACCUGAAACGCAUUUCAAAAACUGGGCGUAAGUCAAAGCCCUCAUAAUAGCGAUUCUGGUAGACGAAGCAAGAUGGCACACUAAACAAGUGGAGUUUGCUGUUGUAAAGCUGAUUUAUUCCAUUCUCUCCUGCAAUUACUUCUUUUCGCUUCGGCCUGGUGCGUAAGUUGUCCUCGACCACUGCUAGUUGGUGAAACACAUGCUCAAAAGAGUUAAAGCCUUGAUCCUGUUGAAAUUUGAGAGGUCCAGUUGCGCGGCAGACAUGUCGUGGAUUUCGUUCCCAUGUUGUAACAAUGUAACUCUAUUCAUGACAUUGUUGAAUUGUCUGGGCAAGGAUUUACCGAUGUCUUGAGAUUUCAACUAGAUUUAUCAUGUAAUCAUGUACAUUCUAGUUUCUUCCUCAUCAGAAAGGAAUUUUCGUCAUCUGGAAA